AUGACUGACGAUACAGAUAAGAGCAUUGUUCUAUACCACUACAAUGCAUCACCGUACGCAAGGAAGAUUGUCAUGUACUUGGCUCUUCGUGGGUUGCCAUACUCCGAGGUAAAGCAACCAGUUAUCAUGCCACGGCCUGAUCUUCAGGCUAUCGGCGUAGAAUAUCGACGGAUCCCAAUCAUGGCAAUAGGUAAAGAUGUAUAUUGCGACACACGCAUCAUCAUACAGAAGCUCGAAGAACUAUUCCCGAACGAUAAGCUUGGGUCAACGACUCCUGAAGGGCGAGCUCUUCAGAAACUAUUCGAGAUCUGGCACACCGAAGGUCCGCUGUUCUUCAGAGGCGUGCGAUCUAUGCCAACCAAAAACUUUACGGACCCAGCGUUUCGAAAGGAUAGAGAGCAAAUGACGGGGUCAUCCUGGACUGCUGAAGACCUCGAGCGAGCGAAGCCGGAAGCACACAUAUACAUGCGUAACUUGUACAACAUGCUCGAGAACUUAUUGGCUGAUGACAGGACCUGGGUUCUCAAGACUAACAGGCCAGGAUUGAUAGAUAUUGAAGCUUCCUGGCUCCUAAUGUGGUUACGUGGGGCAAAGGCGCUCCCAGAAAGCCUCUUUUCCAGGGCUAUUUUCCCAAAGACUUUUGCAUGGAUAGAACGCUUUGACGCUGUCCUGCAAUCUGCACGAAUGCAAUCGCCAAAGCCGAAACAGUUGGAAGGUGCCACAGCAGCAAAACAGAUUCUAUCUUCAAGUUUUGCAGAGGGUGAAGGUGGGGUACCCUCCACAGACCCACAGAAGUUGCGCAAAGGGGACCAUGUUGAACUAUACCCAACUGAUAGUGGAUUCAAUAACAAGGAUCAUGGACAACUGGUCAGCUUGACCGACCAGGAAAUAGUGAUUAGUCUCAAUAAUGGACUAAGGUUACACACACCACGCUCAGGGUUCAGAGUUCGACAGGUUGACUCUAAGCUAUAG